AUGGUAUACUUGAAUGAGACAUCAUCAGGUAUAGAUCCACAUGAUAGAUUUGACCAAGAAUUAUAUGGACAAGAUGGAUUUGAAAAUGAUUCAAUGGAUGAUAGAGAAUCUUUAGAUUUUAAACCAGAUGCUGAACGUAUUCAACAAACAAAUGAUUUAGCUAUUGGUUUAGGGAUUGAUGAAAAAAAAUUAACUUGGAAAGUUGAUUUAUGUGUUGUUCCUCCAUUCAUUUUACUUUAUUUUCUUGCGUUUUUGGAUCGUAUCAAUAUAUCAAAUGCAAAAGUUUAUGGUAUGGCGGAAGAUUUACACUUGAAGGGUAAUGAAUUCAACGUUGCAUUAACAAUUUUCUUUAUUCCUUAUGUGUUUUUCGAUGUUAUUUCAAAUUAUAUGCUUCAAUUAGUUCAACCUCAUAUUUGGUUAAGUUGUUCAUGUCGGUUUUUCCUUGGGGUAUGUGAAGCUGGUAUGUUCCCUGCAUGUUUUUAUUUACUUUCAUUAUAUUAUACUGGUGCUGAAUCACAAAAAAGAUUUUCUAUUUUCUUUAGUUGUACUUGUUUAUCAGGUGCUGCUGGUGGUGCUAUAGCUUAUAAGAUUCAUGAAUUAGAUGAUUUCCCAGAAAGUUCAAGAUUUAUGACUUUAAAAGAAAAAGAAUUCAUCAAAAGAAAAUUAGAAAUUCAUUCAGUUGAAUCAGGUUAUGACGUUACAUUUAAUUGGAAAGAUAUUAUCAAAUCAUUAAGAGAUCCAUUAUAUGGUCUUACAUCAUUAGCAUAUUUUGCCUUAGUUAUUCCUUCAUAUGGUUAUGCAUAUUUUUCACCUUCAAUUAUUGCAGAAAUGGGGUAUACAGCAGUUAGUGCAAAUUCACAUUCAAUUUAUCCAUGGUUAGCAGCUUUUGGUUAUACAAUCGUAUUGGCAUAUAUAUCAGAUUCUAUGAAAAUUAGAUCACCAUUUGCAAUAACUUCAGCAUUAUUAGCAAUCACAGGGUUAGCUUUAGUUUUGGGAUUGAAGGAUCAUGUACAAGGUAGAUAUGCUGGAUGUUUCCUAACAGUAGCAGGUCUUUAUUCAGCAAUGCCUUCAUUAAUUUGUUGGACAAAUUUAAAUUAUGGUGGACAUAUGAGAAAAUCUGUUGGAUCUGCAACACAAAUUGGAUUGGGUAAUAUUGGUGGUAUUAUUGCAACUUUUGUUUAUUUACAACAAGAUGCACCAUAUUAUACUAAAGGUUUAUCAGUAGGGAUUGCAUUUUGUGUUGUUAGUAUUUUCACUAUGAUUUCAAUGAUUUGGUUUUAUAAAUAUAGAAAUGAUUGUAAAAGAACUGAAGAUUAUAGAUUGGAAUUUUUUGCUCAAGAUGAUAGAACUAUUGUUUUGGAAGGUGAUAAACAUCCAAGUUAUAAAUAUUUAUACUAA